UUAAUUGAUGAUUUAAGUUAUUUAUUUCAUAUGGAAUGAAAACUAUACAAAAAAAUGGUUGGAUCGUUGAUGCUUUGGAAGUUAAUGCAUUGUAAACGUUUCAAGAAGAGAUCUUCAAACAACAAUAAAAAAGAAAAGAAUUUGGAUCUUUCUGUGCCCUCUACAGAUCCUUUAAUUACAGUGAAAAUAGAAGUAACCGAGGAGAACAAAAUAUGUAGAGUUUGUCUUAAAAAUGGCGAGGUUCCAAUAUAUGACAAUAAUCGUACGGAAGAUAUUUCUGAGGCAUUAAUUAGUUUCGGCGGUAUUGAAAUAACACCUGAUGAUGAAUAUCCAAAAUUCCUAUGUGAAUCUUGCUAUGCCCUUUUACGAGGCGCUAUUUUAUUUAGAAAAACCGCGCAAGAUUCCGAUCAAAGAUUACGAUGUCCACAAAAAGAAUCAGAUUUUGAAAGCAAAAAUACAGACACGUCUUUUGACUAUGAUAAAAAGGAGAAAGACCGAAAGAAGUAUAUUUGCAAGAAAUGUGACAUUGAUUUUGAUACAUUUUCAGAAUACAGUGAGCAUAGAUUGUCACAGGAACAUGAAAAUUUAAAGCAUACAUGUCCAAUAUGCAAGAAUUCAUACAGUUCAUUUUACAUUAAAAAACACAUGGCUAUACAUACAUUAGAAAUAUCACAUGUGUGUGAUAUUUGUGGUAAGAAGUUUACAGUAAAAGGUCUAUUUACUCGUCACAGACAGACACAUUUCAACAACUUUCCUUUCAGUUGUUCCUUAUGUCCAUAUAAGGGUAGAUUUAAAGAAUCAUUAAAAAUGCAUAUGAGAUCUCAUACUGGUGAAAAAAAUUACCAAUGCACUCGUUGUCCUAGUAAAUUUAUUCAUAAAAGCAAUUUAAAUGCACACAUGUUAAUACAUAAAGAUAGUUUUGAUUUCAAAUGCGAGACAUGUGGUAGGGGAUUUUAUAACAAAAGAUCUCUCGAACAACAUAUAAAAGUUGACCAUAAUGGUGUAAAAGAGCAUACUUGUAACAUUUGUGGUAAAGCUUUUGGUUAUAGAAAACAAAUGAUGAAACAUCAACUGAGAGUUCAUAAAAGAGAGAAGUUUAAAAGUGGUAGAAUGCCGUUAUAUCUUCAAAUACAAAAUAAAGAGCAAGUACAGAAUGAAACAUAUCAAACACCUUUACUAUAAUAUAUAUAAAAAUCUGUUCUAAGUGUAUAAAUGGAGUACCAUUCAGUAUGAGCUCACUAUACAUUCCCACUGAGGGGCUGGGAGCCUACCCUAAGUUAGGGUUGACUAGGCCAUAGUCAACCAUGCUGGCCCAGUGCGGGUUGGUUAACUUCAUACAUAUCACUGAAUUUCUUCUGAGAAAUGUACAUAAUAUGUAAAUCGAAAAACACAUUGGUACAUGGCGGGAUACAGGACCUGCAGAUUGCAAGUCAAGUGCUAAACCCCUGAGCUACCAUUGCCCUCUAGUACCAUUCAUAAAUACUUUUUUAAUAUUAAUGGGCUUUUAUGUUUUUCUAGUUAAAGUAAAUACAAUGCAAUAUUAAUCAGUGCCAUCUAGUAUUUGAUAUGUACUAACCAAUAAAAAGAAGGGACAGGUAAUAGCAAUAUUUCGUAGUAAUAACUAGUAUUGUUUAUUUUCAUUGUUUACAAACUUUAUUGACUACAGAACCCUUCAUAGAAGCAGGGUUUAAACAGAACCCAAAAUUCUAGAAUUGAUUAUUCUGGGACCUAGAAAUAAUCCAUAUUUAUUUUUAAUUUUUUUCAAAAGUUCGGCUCACAUAAACUUGAACUAUUGAACUGUGGUGCAAAGAAUAAAUUGGCAGUUCACAGCUCAUCUCAAUGUACUAUAAAUAUGUAAGUUAAUGAGCCAUAAUCUGCCUGAAGACUUGUAGGUCAUAGCUUGAAACACUAAUUAUAACUAUGCAGGUAGAAAUUGAGUUCAGAUGCGAGCUGGUUCACUAAUACGCUUUAUACAUCUGAACCAUGAUCUGGUUUAAAUUGAUCUGGAUCAGGUUACAAAUUUUAGUUGAGUUACCCAUAUCUAUCAAAUUGUAUGACUCUGAUUCUAUUGUAACUAGAGAUCAAUGCAGUUAGUUAAAUGGCUAUUAUUAAUAAGGAUUAUGGAGUAAUUGUU